AUGGCAGAGACAAUCCCGACAAGCCUCACUGGCAAGGCACACGAGCGAUUCGUGAUUAUUACAACACUACUCCAUCUGAUUGACCCCGUACGUGGUGAGCCCACCACUUAUAGCCUCGAUAGGCAUCCCCACGAUGAUUUCUGGAAGCACGAGCAGCACCAGAGAAAGUUCCUCGACUCGUUCGCUUUGGUAUCCUCGACAUCAAGGAUAGGCGGCAAGACUGCUUCAGCAGUAUGUUUGGAGCAGGGCCAUCCAGGCGGGACUGUCCUUCGACUCGCCAGGAAUCUGGGCGCUCCGGAGGAACUGCUCAACCAACUGCAAGAUAUUCUUACCGAUCUCACAGCAGUUUCUCUGAGGGAAAAGAAACCGUACGACCUCGAGCCUGUGGUGUUGCGAAAGGUCGUUGUCCUUACUCAAGACAAAAUCCGCGCACUCGUGGAGAAAAUGAACCUUCCGGAGGUCAGACAUAGCAUCGAUCGUGCUAUCCAAAGGAUGGACCAGAUACCCUCGGAUGACGUUGAAGAACUGGGUUUUAGAGAAUGGGUCCGUGAGAUGCCAUUCCUGGCGUCUCUCGAUGCCGGAAGUCAUUCUGAUCAGCUCAUUCCGCAUGUCAAGUGGGCAUCGCGCGGUAGAUGGAUGUAUUCCGAGCAGCUUGAAGGGCUCUUCGGGCUGGAGGAUGGGUCGUUGCCCAUAUGGUUGAAGUACGUCUACAAGUUAGGGCGAUACUUUGCUGCAACCAAGGCGAUGCUCAAGUUGGCGGUCAAACAGCCAGAUAUUUUCACCGGCAUACACAUCGAAGCCAUCAAAGCACCGGAGCAGGAGGAAUUCUCUCUAGGCACGCAAAAGGGACCGCUCUUGACAAUGCUCAAGAAAAUUGCCCCAAGCGAUCCCAUAGCUUUGAGGGAGAAAUUAGGUCAAACCUGGCUGACAACCGACCCCGAGACGAAAUUACGACGAGCUUGCAAGAUGACACUU